UGCCUGGCAUCAAAGCAAAUGGGUACACAACUGUAAUACGAAGGCUGGUUCUCUGGGUUUUAUUGUUCAACACCAUGCUGGUGCUGUACUGCUUUACAAACCCGACCCAAGUGAAGAACAGGGACUCCCAAGAAGAUACGUGUCCUCUACGCAUGGCAAAGUUAUUAAACAAAAGUGUGAUUGUUCCUUCUGAAAGCACAAAAUCCAAGUCAGUACAGUGCUCCCCUGCAGUGAACAUCAUGUUCAUGAAGACCCAUAAAACUGCUAGUAGCACCCUACUCAACAUCCUCUUCAGAUUUGGAGAAAAGCGCAAGCUUAAAUUUGCCUUCCCUGUUGGACGCAAUGACUUCUUCUAUCCAUCACCCUUCUUGUGCUCCCAUGUGAAGGACUACAGGCCUGGACAGUGUUUCAAUAUUGUUUGUAAUCACAUGCGCUUUGACCACCAAGAAGUGGCCAAGCUCCUGCCUCCAGAUGCCAUGUACAUUACCAUCUUACGUGAACCAGUGGAUCUCUUUGAGUCGGCCUUUCAUUAUUAUCAUAGAAUAGUUCCAUUCACAUGGAGGAUCAGAGGAGAGAACAAAUUGACAGAGUUUCUAAAAACUCCUGAGACCUUCUACAGCCCACAUUCAUACAAUUCAUUCUAUCUUAAAAACCUGCUCUUCUUUGACUUUGGUUUUGACAACAACCUCAAGGCUGAUGAUCCUUAUGUAAUAAGGCAUAUUGAUAACUUAUCAAAACGUUUUGAUCUGGUCCUCAUAGCAGAAUAUUUUGAGGAGUCUCUUAUCCUGCUUAGGGACACACUGUGCUGGACCAUGGAGGACAUUAUGUAUUUCAAACUAAAUGCUCGCAAGAGCUCAUCUGUAUCUCCACUGACCCCUGAAAUGAGAGCCAAAGCUAUAGAGUGGAAUGGGGCUGACUGGAAACUCUAUCAGCACUUUAAUGCUACCUUCUGGGCCAGAAUAGAGGCAUAUGGGAGAGAAAGAAUGGAACAGGAGGUAAACAAGCUGAGGAGAAGAAAUGCAGAGAUGAAGUCCAUCUGUAUUGAGGGUAGAGAUGCUGUUGAAGCUCAAAAGAUUCAGGACCGACGUUUCCUACCCUGGCAGCCAGUCGGAGACUCUUCCAUCCUCGGAUACAAUUUGAAAAAAGAUAUUAAUCCCAAAUUCAGGACAAUUUGUGAAAAAAUGCUCACGCCAGAAAUACAGUACCUAUCAGACUUGGGUGUAAGCCUGUGGCUUACUAGACUAUGGGGCUUGUUAAAGGAUGCUAUAUUUAUACUCUGACAAGGACUAGCACAUUUAGUUUUGAUGUUUUUCUCCUAUUUUGUAUAUUUUCUUGUGAAGUGCAUCCACAGUGUCAAUUCAAAUUUGUCACCUGGAAUCUAAAUUCCCCUAUGGAUGCAUUCAUACCCCUCCCAGUUAGGUCUACAGAUGGGUCACAGUUACUUCUGAAACCCUCAUUCCUUAUGUUGGUCCCAUGCUGCAUCUCAUCCUUUGCUGUAGCUUUCAAAAUGGUGCAAAGCAGUGCUAAAGUCAAGUGUUUACACUCUUUUUAAAAUGGGUUCAGGUUUAAAGUGUGAACAGCAGUUCUCCUCUCUGUUGUUAUACCUAACUCAGUAAUACAUAUGAGCUUUAGUUCUUGUGUUGGAAUUUAUAUAUUCCAUGUUGUAUAAAUAUUGGAUUGA